ACUUUGUAGCCAAAUUUUAUCUUUUUUUUAUAUGAUUUCAAAAACCCAGGUAGAAUCAGGUGAGCGAUACAGGCUCUUGAGAGCCUUUAGUUUAAAUUCUAGUUCUUAUUUUUCAUAAUUUAUUAUAGAUGUAUUUUGUCAACUGCCUGGAAUUAUUAUUUUUUCAUUGUAUUUGGUUGGCAAACCCGGAAUUAUCCUUAUCUGCUCCAGAAUCUGAUCAGGUUUAAUAAUUGUCUUUAUUUCUGGUUUAUGGCAUCUGUUGUUUUCAAUGUUGUUUUUGUCAGUCAGAUACGAGUUUACUUGGAUUUACACAUUUCUUGUGUUGACGAUUUUGGGUAUAAAGCUAGCGGUUGAAUAAAAUGAACAUCGCUUUCAUGAAUAAUGAAGAUGAAAAUAAUUUUGAUAUCGUUUGGAAAUUUUGGUCAAAAGGUCGGCAAAGUUAAUUUUUAUUUUCUUUCUAAUAAUUUGAAGAUCUGUCGGGCCUAACUAGUAACAAAAAAGAAAGUCCGAAGGCUAAAGUGGAAGGUCAUAGACCUCAGACCACAGCUAAUUUGAACCCCUGUAUUAGAAUAUCAAAGUUGUCUUAUAAAUACAUGUAGGAAAAAAUCAAUGCGAAAAUUAUUUUGGAGCAGGAAUUUCAGAUGUUGAGAAAUGUACACUGAAUGUUGAUAAAAACUAUAAAAAAAAAAGAUUUUUAUUUACCGUGUCAGUUGAAAAUCUAUCAUGCUCGCUUGGUUAGUACCUAUAUCUGCUGUUCGAUGAUACACGGUGGCUACCCACCCUAUAAAAAUGAUAAUACCGGAAACACAGAUUCUUUUUUAGGCCUUAUUUAUAUAUAUUUAAAAAGAGGGCAAUAAAGUAGUUUCAGAUGGAGACAUCAUGAAGUGGGGGAGGACCUGCUAAUAAGCUUUGAAUGUUAUUAUAUAUUUGUAGGUUGGAUACACCAUGUAACUUUAGAAAAAAAAAAGAAAACUGUGGAACAGACUAUUAAAGAAUCAACUGGUGGCAUUCAAUCAGAUAGAAUUACUAAAGAAGAAAAAAAUGGUGGAAACAUCAAAAUUAUUUCUUCAAGAUCUUGAUUGGGCGAUGAAGAUGAAAUCAUCCGUCAUUGACCCAAUAACUGCAAUGGAUAGUCAAUUGCAAGCGUCAGAAUCUUUAGAUAGUACAUUGAAAAAAUCAGUCACCGUUAACACCAUCACUGCAAUGGAUAGUCAAUUGCAAGCGUCAGAAACUUUAGAUAGUACAUUGAAAAAACCAGUCACUGUUAACACCAUCACUGCAAUGGAUAGUCAAUUGCAAGCGUCAGAAACUUUAGAUAGUACAUUGAAAAAACCAGUCACCGUUAACACCAUCACUGCAAUGGAUAGUCAAUUGCAAGCGUCAGAAACUUUAGAUAGUACAUUGAAAAACUCAGUCACCGUUAACACCAUCACUGCAAUGGAUAGUCAAUUGCAAGCGUCAGAAACUUUAGAUAGUACAUUGAAAAAAUCAGUCACCGUUAACACCAUCACUGCAAUGGAUAGUCAAUUGCAAGCGUCAGAAACUUUAGAUAGUACAUUGAAAAAAUCAGUCACCGUUAACACCAUCACUACAAUGGAUAGUCAAUUGCAAGCGUCAGAAUCUUUAGAUAGUACAUUGAAAAAACCAGUCACCGUUAACACCAUCACUGCAAUGGAUAGUCAAUUGCAAGCGUCAGAAUCUUCCGAUAGUACAUUGAAAAAAUCAGUCACCGUUAACACCAUCACUGCAAUGGAUAGUCAAUUGCAAGCGUCAGAAACUUUAGAUAGUACAUUGAAAAAAUCAUUCACUGUUAACACCAUCACUGCAAUGGAUAGUCAAUUGCAAGCGUCAGAAUCUUUAGAUAGUACAUUGAAAAAAUCAGUCACCGUUAACACCAUCACUGCAAUGGAUAGUCAAUUGCAAGCAUCAGAAACUUUAGAUAAUACAUUGAAAAAAACAGUCAUCGUUAACACCAUCACUGCAAUGGAUAGUCAAUUGCAAGCGUCAGAAUCUUGA